UAAUUAUUGUUAUUGAGAGAAACAAACGCAGUGAGUGACCGAAAAUUUAUUGUUCCAAGUUAGUUGAACUUGAAACCUACGACUUCGAUGUUUUCGUUUCAUUGUUAUCAUCGAAGCCACAUUGUCAAAAACCUCUUCUGUUCUUCUACAAUGUUCCAUUCCUUCUUCGUUUUCUCCAUCAUCUUCUAAGAACCUUCAUUCCCGAAAUCAUCUUCGAUCCAAUCGCCACCCAAAACCCUUAUAUUCACACCGACCCCUUUCACCAAAUUAACUUCCGAAUCAAUCAAAUCCCGUUUUUGAUUUGUGGGGUUGGUUCAAAAUGUCUUCUUUCACCACUAUCCCUUGUCCCAAAUGUCUCUCUUUUCAUCAUUUGGGUUUGAGUUCUCAGAACCCAUCACGCCGUAAUGUGCAGCUGGGGUUUAACAAAUCUCAGUCGUUUGGAUCUCUGAGUUGUGACGUGGUGUCAAAUGGGAUUCAGUGCCUCAAAAGGAAGCAGUUUUCUGUCUGGAAGUCUCAAGCACAUCCUAACGAGGCUGCUACCAUUGAAAAGUCUUCAAAUUCUGCACCUGUAUUGGUCAAUGAACCUAAUGAUGUUGCUUUACCAGAGGAGAAAGAUAACCAUAAUGGGAAACCCUCCGGUCCAACCACUUCCACGGAUGAAUCUUCAGUUUCCACAUUUAUGAAUAAAGUUUCCGAGCUUGUUAAACUUGUAGAUUCGAGAGAUAUUGUGGAGCUGGAACUUAAGCAAGCUGGGUAUGAGCUCACGAUAAGGAAAAAGGAAGCUUUGCAGCCUCCACCGGUGGCGGCACAACAAUCGUUUUCCUAUCCAGCAUAUCCUUAUCAUCAAGCACCGCCACCGCCACCGCCACCAUCUGUUGCUACUUCUGCUCCUGCAAGUGCUCCACCUGCAAAAGCCACUCUGGCUUUGCCUACAAAAUCUAGUGCAUCAUCUCAUCCACAGAUUAAAUGUCCAAUGGCAGGAACUUUCUAUCGUUGUCCUGCGCCUGGUGAACCACCAUUUGUCAAGGUGGGAGAUAAAGUUCAGAAAGGGCAGGUUGUUUGCAUCAUUGAGGCUAUGAAAUUGAUGAAUGAAAUUGAAGCUGAUCAAACAGGAACAAUAGUUGAUAUUCUGGUAGAAGACGGGAAACCAGUCAGUGUAGACCUGCCUCUUUUUGCAAUUGAACCAUGAGGAGCACCAGAAGAAGGGCCCGCCCUUACAUCGUAGUUCUUGGAUAAACAAGACUGUGAUAAAUAUUUGUUGCGCAAUAAUAUUUGUUCGGGUUUAGAAGAUUAUUAUAUUUAUUUAAAUAGAGACGUUUCAAGACAUAAAUGCCAUGGCAUAUCAGAAGGAGUGUUAGAGUUUGUAGUUCUAAACAGUUUUAAUAAUAUUUUUGUCUCUUAAGUUUUAUAACAUUAGAUUUCCUAUUCUAGUA